GGUGAGAACCAGCUCCGGAUGUGGGCGCGGCCUGAGGUAGAACUGAGAAAACCUCUACCGCGGCGGUUUAGAGAGGCGGAACUGAACCUCUUUCUGAAUUAUCAUGUGACGGGUUCUGAGUUUAAUGGGGGGGAAAGUGUGGAAAAGGACAAGAAUCCAAACUGGCGAAUUUACUGAUCUUCGCGGCUCUCUCCGCUCUCCGGCCAGCGGCGCUGCCAGAUACUAGAAAUAACCACAUUAAGUGGAAACUAUGUUAAGCAAAUUUUGGAGUGCACACUUGUCCAUUGAGAAGAAAGGAAAAUAGCAAGGAAAUAUGGCUGAUUAGAUUAAUGAAGAUGUAAAUGUCAAGCUGGGGUCCUGUGUCACUGAUGUAGCUGGCCAGUUGGUGGUGCUUGCCUGUAAUCCCAAGAGCUUGGGAGGCGGAAACAGGAGGAUCAUGAGUUCAAAGCCAGCCUCAGCAAUGGCAAGGGCAUAUUUUCCUUUUUUCAACCCUGCAACAGCCUCUUUAAACUGUUUAAAUGAGAAUGUCCUUGGCUCAGAGAGUACUGCUUACCUGGCUCUUCACCUUACUCUUCUUGAUCAUGUUGGUGUUGAAACUGGAUGAGAAGGCACCUUGGAACUGGUUCCUCAUAUUUAUUCCUGUCUGGAUAUUUGACACUAUCCUCCUUGUCAUGUUGAUUGUGAAAAUGGCUGGGCGCUGUAAGUCUGGCUUUGACCCUCGACAUGGAUCACACAAUAUUAAAAAAAAAGCCUGGUACCUCAUUGCGAUGUUACUUAAAUUAGCCUUCUGCCUGGCACUCUGUGCUAAACUGGAACAGUUUACUACAAUGAAUCUGUCUUAUGUUUUUAUUCCCUUAUGGGCCUUACUGGCUGGGGCUUUAACAGAACUUGGAUAUAAUGUCUUUUUUGUGAGAGACUGACUUCUAAGAACAUCAUCUCAUUUCUAUUGCUGUUCAACAACCUUUAAAGUGUUCUGAAUCUUUGCAAGCUUCAAUACCAGAGAACUGAGGGAAAAUACCAAAUGUAAUUUUGUACUGCUUCUAUAAAACAGGAUUGAUGAAUCAUGGACUUCUAGUUAACCCAAAACUGAAGUAUUCAAUAUUUGAGUUGUUGAUAUCCUUAUUAUCCCUAUGUAAAUAAAGUUUGUUUUUGACCUCA